CCGAAAACUUUUGAAGGUUUACGCUUGAGUUUUAGUUGUAAUCGAACUCUUUCCGGGAAUUGACCACAGUGUUCUGUGGCAUAGUGAAACUGAAGAUGGGUUUUGCCAGUUUUUGGGAUAAAAUUGAACCGUACUUCAAUACGAUAAAUCAUGCAAUUAUCGCAGUCGUUUCCGUUUAUUAUACAGUUUUCUGCUGGGAUAUCGGUGCGUCCAAUUUAAGUUUGCAUAUAUGGCUGGCUGGCAUUGGGUAUCACCUGCUUAUGGCAGAGGCCAUUAUUGGGAUCUACCAAGGAAAUUCAUGGAGUCGCCAACAUUCGAGACGGUCACGCUUUAAUAUACAUUGGAUCAUGCAAGCGGUCGGGUCGACUCUGUCAAUUUCGGGAGUUCUCGUCCAAUGGUUCGCCUAUGGAAAGCAUCAUAUGAACAAUUAUCAUUCCUUCCUAGGAAUCAUUUCGAUAUUUUUCAUGAUGGGCGCAUUUUUAAAUGGAACAAUUGCUCUUUGGGCGCCAGAGAUCCGAAAAUGGAUCAAACCCGUAUACAGCAGAUGGUUUCACAAUGUCAUCGGCAUUAUUGCAUUCGCAAUCGGAAUGGCGAGCAUAAGUCAUGGUUACGACCUAAGAGAUUUCAGUCGUCGGUCAACCGUUCCGAUUAUGUACGCACUGAAAUGGGCGGCUUAUGUCACAACUGUAUUGUGUCUAAUUGGCGCAGUUAAGUCCCUGUAUGAGCAGACGAAAGGUGUUAUUGCAGGCAUAAGAGGUUCAUUGUCCACGUCAACGUCAGAGCUGCCUUUGAAGAGUUAAAUGAAUCAUUUUUGUUGGAAAAUUAUUACGAUAUUUAUAACUAGGGAGAGUAUAUAAGCAUUACAUGCACCACUUAAAUUAUUUUGUUUCUGAAACCCCUAUGCAUCCCCCAUAAAAUAUAAUAAAAUG